GAACCCUGUUAAAACAACUCAGCGAUUCAAACAUAAAAUUAAAACAUUAGUUUUAUUUGUAUGCUACUUUCGCACAGCAAACCACGCCUCACAAAGGGAAAAAAUGCAUAAGAUAUAGCAACAUUAUCUUAUCAAUUCAAUCAAAGCACACCAGUAACAUUUUAAUGAAACAUAGCACCAAAUUUGCAAUCUGUCCAUCAAAAUAUUUAACAUAUGGCACAAAGACUGAACAAUCUGCUAAUAAUAAACACCAAAACCUGCCAAUAAAUGUUAUUGCUUUAUAAAAAUGCCAAUUCUCAACAUUUCAGUUAUAGUUUGGUUACACCUCUACAUGCCCUUCAGAACGCACUCCCAAUGAACCACCAGCACUGGCAUUUAGUUGCCUGCUUAAAACUCCUUUGUUCUCCCAGGCUUUCUCUGCAGGGUGAUCCAAUUAUAUUAAGCUGAUCUACAGACUUGUGAUAUUUUUCAAACUCGUUGCAUGAAUGUAAUCUUAUUUUACACAUAUAUUGUGGAUUUAUCCUGUUCACUGUCAUGGUGAAUACACACACACACAUUCUGGUACCACAUUAUUAUUUUUUAAUUUUGCAAAUAAAUAGAGCAGGACAAAGCUACCCAGGAAUAGAGAAAACUUGAUUCUCAAGCCUUUGACAGUGAGCAAUUUAUCACUCACAGUGGUGUCACUGAGUGCGACCCAGGAAUGGGGAGCUGAGUGGUCCUCCGGACGCCUCUAACCACUGGUCCUGCCGGCUGCGGCUGACGCAGCGAAACAACAUCUGCAGGGCCACAGGUUCCCUGCAUGCUUUUAAGUAUACUGCAUGUGAAUGCUUGCCCUUCAUUCCUGGGGGAGGCUGCAUGAAAUUGGGUGGCUAAUUUUGCACAACAUCUAUAUAAUCAGUGCCUGCGGUAUUACAUCACAGACAUGCUCCGGAAUUCUGGGCUGUGCGCAUCAAUAGACAUACUAUAUGUGCACCACCCGCCAUCAUUCCAAGCCCCCUCGACAGCAGCCCCCUUACUCCCAUUUUGUCACAACAAAAGGAAAAUCGCGACUCCCAACAUCCCCCUGCGCCUCUAUCAGCCGCCACACCCAGCUCGGCCUUCCCCCUCGUUCCACCACGUGUCUCUUGUCGCCGCCAUCCAAUCAGCUCGGCGCCCCUGGGCCGUCUCGGCCAAUCGGAGCGCGGGCCGCCCGCUACUUUAUAAAAGCUUUGUCUGGCUUUCGCCAGCCUCCCUCGCUAACCUCUUUGGAACGUUCAGCUUCCGCCGCCGCGUUCGGAGAAGAGAACCUUGAGCUCCACAACGUUCUGUGUUUUUAAAAAAAGAGCAAACAGCGGCGUUUUAAGCGUACAAGCUAAAAGUGUGGGCAAGUGAUUAAAAAAUAAAAUCCAAGCAAAAUGAGGGAAAUCGUCCACAUUCAAGCUGGGCAAUGUGGUAACCAGAUCGGUGCUAAGGUGAGAAUGCCAUAAAUAUGUUUCUCGCGUGAAUGCAACAGAUACUAUUUUGGGCAGGCAAUUCGGUAAAAACGAGUUAAGGCACUUGCCACGGUGGCAUAAUCUUUCGCUUUGCACGUCGGCGCGCUUAAUUUUAAAAUAGGGCCAGUAGCAGGAGUCUCUGACCUUUUUUUUGUUUCUGUUUUCAGCGUGUGGUCGUUGCUUAAUAUAAUCCGAUUUUUCUAACGCCGUGCGGCGUUCUUUCGGUUCUUUAGAAAGUGCAUAGGCUGCCUGUGUAGGCGAAGCCAUUGUCCGGGUGAAGGAUUUGGGUGGGAGGGUAUCUGUGUCCGCCUUGGGGCUUGCUUUAUAAAGCUAGCAGUGUUUACUGGUGUGUGGGUUAAAAAAAAUAAAAAUAAAGAUCUUCCUCUAAAAUAAGGAAGAGGGGGAGUGCCGUCCUCCCGUAAUAAAUGCCGCGAUUUAAAAUUAACGGGAUUAGACUCUUCGGCGGAUGAGUCAACCAGAAAAGCUGUAUUAUCUCCUCCCUCCCCAUUCCCGCUCGCUCGGCGUGGUGGGGUUGAGCGAGCGCGCCAGUUGAUCUGUCGGUCUAACGUUGCGUGUAGAUUUAAGCGCCAAAUCGGCUGCGGUACGAAGGUGCGAUUUGAAUUUUUUGGGAGGGGAAAGAGGAGGCGGGGAGCAAAAGCCCGGGCUGCUCCAUCGCCACCGCGUUUUCCUGUUCUCAAGCUGGGGUGGCAAUUGGCCCGAAUAAAAUGCACAAAUAUGCAUGCAUUGAUCAUUUAACCUAAAGGGAUAGCGGGUGGGGUGGGAAGAUUUUUUUUUCGGAGGUAAAAAAUAGCGGCAGAGUAGGGGGGCAACGGUCUCGAAUGAUCGGUAGGCGUGGGGAGACAAAAACGCGCAUGACACAGCUGGAGAAAGCGGGGGAGGGGGUAGGUCCAGCAAAAGGGCUUGACUCCCCCCCCCCAAAAAAAGACACCCCCCGCGGAAUUGAUCGAGGCUCAGCUCUGCCCGCUCCUUAAAGUGCAAGGCGCAGGAUACGGUUUCUUUUUCUUGCAACGGAAUGGACCAGAUUAGCGCGAACCAUGCGGUUGUUCGCCACACCCCGGCUUCCUUCUGGCUUUGGGAGGAUUCUGUUUUUAAAAAUAUAUAUUUCGGGGUUGGUUUUUGUUUGCUUAACAAAAAGCCCCUCUGCUGCUCUCCCAAGAAAAUGGCUUAAAAAGAACAAAAACCCGACACUGUUAGGGAUAUAAAAGCAGAGGGGCCGAAACUCGAUCAUGGGUGUAUUUUGAAAAAGCUGCUAUUUAGUAGUAAAGUAGGUUGGUGGCCGCAAAGCCGGGACCCCCCCCCCGGUCAAUUGCAACAGCUUCCUUGUAAUUUGGGAGGGUGCUUUUCCCACCCCCAGAUUCAAAGGGGGGAGGUUUGCAGAGUUUGUGCUGUAAUGCCCCACUACGUUUCUGCCUCUCCCAGCUUCGUGUUCGAGGAAACGUGGGAGCCGAUCUUUCCCCUCCCCCACCCGGCGCAGUCAGAGAGAGUAUCCUUUUGUUUGCAAAAAAAGAAAAAAUGGGAGGAAGGAACCGCGAGGUCUCUGUUGUGAUUUUGUUGCAACAAUGGCCCGUCGAAUGCUGCGGAGAACGAUUUGGAUUCUUGGUAUCUUCUUUCAUUGAAAGAAAACGCCUCGUGACUUAAAAAAAAAGAAACUAGGGUUUUUUUUCGCCUUUCCCCUCCCCCCCGCGCGCUCUUUCCCGUUUUCUGCUGAGCAAAUGCCAUUUCUGGCGCCGAGUGGCACGCCCACCAUCUUCCACCUUCUUUGUCUGCGAGGCAGGAGCACAUGGCUGGAGGGGCUGGCGCAUUUGCUUUGCUCUUCCCCCCACUUUAAAUUUCUGGGUGCUCUUUGAUCCUUCCCUCCCCAGCUUCUUUCCCUCCAGUGUCGAGGCUCCCGGGCUGCUUCUCUCCCCUCCCAUUGUUGCAAAUUGCCUUGGAAUGAUGACUCUGUCUCGUAGCCACGACACCACUUUCCUCCGUCCUUUGUGCCUGUAAUGGCUGCUGCUGUCUGGUUGGUUUGGGUGGGUCUCUAGCAAAAGGGAGGGAGGAGGGGUUGUAGCACUCUCUCUAGCACUACUUGCUGCAGAAACCAAGAUUGAGCCUGUGUGUGUGACCUAAAAAACGGAGCAAUCUUGUGGUUUCUCCCAUCUGUCGGGAGCAUCAAGAUAAAUCUCUCUCAAUUUGCUGGCUUGAAUAGUAAGAGCAUCUUCCAAGCAAAAAAAUAAAGGAGCCUGGUCAACUUCAGCUGGGCUUCAAGCCAUACUAACAGAAAAAGAGAGCACUGUAUAGUAUUAUGUACACAGAUUGGAGGAUAGCGGUCUUAUUUGUAUGCCAGGCAAGACCUGCAAGGAGUGACAGCUCUUAAGGUGUGUCCCUUACAGCAGAGCUGGGAACAAUGGAAGGGCAUCCUGUGGCGGCUGCUUGCCCUUCCCCACAAUGCAAAUGAAAUGAAAUAAAGGGGAAUUUUGGAUUUUCACUUUUCGCUUCUGUUCAAAGCAGGACCCUACAGUCCUCAUGCUUUUUAAAGGGAAGUAGUAAAUAUUUUCCAAUGCUCGCUUUCUGUCUGGUGUAAAUCACAAUCAGAAUGGUGCUGAGCUAUUGUGAGGUACAUCUUUAAAUGAAGGAAUAAGCUUUUUUAAAAAAUAAAAAUUGGGUAGCUGAUACGCUUCCCUAGUACAAUAGGGGUAAAAGAAAGAAAGGACAUCUUGUCAAGAGUUUGGUAGUUGUAAAAGAACUAUGCAAGCUUUGGUUUUUCACAUGCUUCUCCACAUGGGCAAAAAAAUAUAUAUCUGCUGCAGUCCAAAGCUUGCAUAUUACUGUGUCAAUCUACAUUGCACCAAGGAACGAUUUCCUUCCCACAUUUUAUCAUCUUAAAUGAGGGGUGCAGUCGUAAUCCUAAAGGCAAUAUUUUUAGAGCUUUGCCUGCUUAAUUAUCUUCCAUAAAACCAUAGAAUUGGAAGGGGCCAGAUAAAUGUGGGUGGAUUUUACACUGGUCAGAUGCUCCAUAUUGUGGGAGACUGGAUGUGUGUGCAGGGACCAUUAGGGGAGAUCACAGAGACGUCUAUACACAUUGUGAUGGGCAGAAAGCAGGGUUUGCCACCACUGCAAAAUGAGUGACAGUUACUCAUUAAUAUGGGGGUGAGGAAGAGCCACCAAACCCCGAUGUAUUAAAGGAUGGUGUUAAGGGAGGGGGCAGGGGUUUAAACCUGACCUGCAAACCAUGCUUGCUCUUAUUAGAAUGUGGUGGAAUGUCAGUAAAGUUGUAGCUUGGGAAGGCUGCAAACUGACUUGUCUGGUUAAAAAGAAUGGUAUAUUUUAAACACACACAGAUUGAGUUUGAGGGCACAAGGUUGCAAUUGCAGGCAAGAGUCAUCCAGUUUGGUGCACUGCCCUGUAGAUCUUUGUUGGGGGGGAAAGAAAAAGAGAAUCUGAUUAACCAGCAUUCUUCCUGUUGCACUGGUCUUAUAAAAUACUAUAGAAAUCUUUUAUACUAGGGGAUUGUGGUCCCACUACCUGAAUACUGAGCUGAUGUGUAAAAUGCUACCUCUUUUAUGAUGAUGCUUGAAGAUGCACCUAAGCCAGGCAACCCCACUGCCUGCAAUUUCCCAGCUGCCCCACCCAGCUCACCUCUGGAUGACCUACAUUGCGGCACAUUCUUUCGUAGGCAGGAGGGCGUGUUUGUGCAUCUCUGCUGGCACCUGAUGAAUUAAAAAAAAAAGAGAGCGUAUUCUGUCACCCACAGCCGGGUGCAUUGUUGCCAUAUCUUUCUACAAGAAGAGGAGCAUCGAUUUUUGGAACGUGCCCCCCCAUUUCCUUUGAGCAGAAACUUCCUACCAGAGCUACAUAUUCUGGAACCUCUUAGAGCUGCCAAUUCUAGUAGGUGCUUAGCUUGGCUUUUUUUUUAAAUGCAGUUUCUCUUCAGCUUGGAUCUGCAGCGGGGUGAGGCCAGACCCAAGUGAGUCUGCCCCCACCCCUGGUGUAUUUAAAAAUUCAUGGCUUUGCAGUGCCUUGGGUGUGUUUGGCCAGCAAAUGGCACACACAGGCGUCCAGAGUUGCUUUGGCUAUGCCUUGGCAUAGACAUCAAGACAAGAAACGAGGCCAGAGUCCUUAAGUGGGACAAAUUGUAAGGCAACAUAAGCUGUCAGAUCUUUUGAACAGAUCUUUUUUUUAACGUUCUCCAUUUAAACAAGCAAACUUGGCCAUAAAGUAUGGAUAAAUUCAAGAGAUUAUUGUAAAACAAAAAGUAGCUUAGUUUCAAGUUAGCUUUUUGUGGGUUUUUAAAAAAUGUUUUGCAAGGGUGCUAAAUGUUUCAAUUUGGUGUGACUCGCGCUACCUUUAAAGCACACUCUGGCCCUCAAAGAAUUCUGGGCUCCACACAGUUAACUCCACACAGAGUGACAAUUCCAAUCAACCCUGAAAACUACAGUGCCCAGAAUUCUUUGAGGGGAAGAAUUUGCUUUAAAGGCAAAGUGUAAAUGCUGCCUUGGUAACUUCGAUAGGGCAUUUGAAGAAGGGAGCUGUAGGGUCACACAGUUUUUGUUGCCUCGUUUUCUAACUUAACCAAUGUUGGCCACUCAACUCUGGCUCUGAAUUCAGCUGAGAGAUUAUUGUAUACCAGUUAGAUUUCUCUUCCAUGCUACGUUUUAGAUGUACGUCUAAAAAUCAAAAUGUGAGAAGCGAUUGUGAGUCUUCACGAUCUUGGGGAGGGAAUUCUCUAAAGAAAAUAGCGGGUGUUUUCGAAUUGAAGUACAACUUCCUGCAGCAGUGGUAGAAGUAGCAUUAGUACUUUUCUGACUCUGGUCUUCAUGAUGGAAUGAGUUAAGAAAAGAAAAUAUUAGCAUGCAUUUUAGCCUUCCCACUGCCAGGCCUGGGGUUCUCCUCUCUUGCUUUGAGAACAUUUUUGGUCACAACAAAAUUCAUUUUCUAUGUACUGUCCCUCUCUUCCCUGACACACCCACUCCACUCCACGAUAAGACAAUAUUAAGUUUGGAGUUGGGAAAGUAUAGAUGGUCUGUUGAUUCGUGGUUAACUUCUCUGUUCUUCACUCCUCUUUCCCUACAGGAUAUACCUGUCCCUGAAUGGUGUUUGGGGGGGAUGCGACUAGGCCGCAGCCUGUCAUGUCUGCACUGUUCCACCUUGACCUCAGGGCAGCUUUUACUUGCUUUUGUGUCCUCCAGUUGUGCUGUUGGACUGCAGGUCACAUCAGCCCCAGCCAUCUGGGACUUAAGGCUGCGUCCAUACUAGGGAUUCGAAACACUUGAGAAGAUGAGAGGCUGGUUGGGGAAGAUGAUAAUUGGAUUCUGAGGACCAUAGAACACAAUUCCCAUGGGAACAAAGGAAGCUGCCUUCUACUGAAUGGGAGUAUUGCCUCAUCUAGGCAGAAGCUCUCCAGGAUUUAAGAGAGGGGAUCUUUUCCUAGCCCUCAUUGGAUAUUCCAUGGGAUUGAACCAACUAAAGCCGUGCCCCAUGAUUCUUCGAAGCAAGCCAAGGCGGUGUAAGCCAUAUAAAACCCAAUAAUGGCUUUGGUAGUGCAAGCAUUCCCUAACACACCAUAAACUCCCUUCUACAAUUUUUGUUCCGUUUCAGCUAUUAAAGCAAGAAGGAAUGAGGAAUGCAGGUCCCUUUUAGGAUAUAUAAAUCUGCUAAAGCUCUGAGCAUGCCCAGAGUAGGGCUAAUGCCUUUUUUGGGGAAGGAAUGACACAGAGUCAUGGAUAUUUUCACAGUGCAUCAUCUGAGGUGCUCUGGGAAAUAGGUUCCUGAUAAUGAUUCGUAGGCAGUACAAUAUAUAGCCUGCCUUGCUCCUAAACGAACCCCGCAGUUUGCUCUUGUUCAUAAUGGUGGAGCCUGAAAUAUUUAAAAUAUCCUUUUUGACGUAGAUCCCUGUGAGAUGCCUGCGAGCAUUACACAGUGGCCUUGUCACUUGAUCACAUGAGGACUCUAUGAUAACUUUAAUCGCCCAAUAGCAGUAGCUGAUACACAUAGCAGGUGCUUACAUAACCAUAGGUCUUAAUCUACCUUCUAGAACAAAAAUGUAGUUAAUGUUAAAUAUUAACCUAUAUGGCAGUGAUCUCAAAACAUGGGCAUAUAAUGCUGCUGUUAAAAGAUUAGAACAGCCACGUUUAUGAGAUAGUGCUGCAUGAUCACAUAGCACUUUACAUAAAUUAUCUCAGCGUCCCUUAAUUGUCCUCAAAGUUGGGUAGAUUAGUACUCUAAUCUUCCCCCCCUUUUUGAGGAGGGAGCUAGAGAGAGGCUGAAAAAAUUGCCUUUACACAUCUGCAGUUGCCAUGUUUCUACUUUGCAUUAAUCUGGAAUAGCUACAGUCCCUUGUCCCACACGAGUUAGGGGGGGGGGAAUCCUUUUAUAAGCCUGGGAAAUGUAGCAAAAGUUACUUCAGCCACUUUGAUUGUGAAUGACAGGAUGACUUAAGUGGUAAGUAAGUCGCCUUAAAGUAAUUGUGAGACCCUGAUAUGGCAUUGGGAAAUGGCCAUGCCAAUUCCUUGCUCUAGAACAGGCUUCCUCAACCUCGGCCCUCCAGAUGGUUUCAGCCUACAAUUCCCAUGAUCCCUAGCUAGCAGGAUCAGUGGUCAGGGAUGAUGGGAAUUGUAGUCUCAAAAACAUCUGGAGGGCCGAUGUUGAGGAAGCCUGCUCUAGAAUCAUAGCACUUCAAGGAGUCAGAAGCGAUUAUCCCAACCUCAUACUUGGUGCAGGAUCUUUCACCGACAGCACUCCCGGUUCCUAUUCCUCCAGCGAAGGAGAGCCCACCAUCUCUCCUAAGGCGGUCUGCUCCACUGUCUCAGCACCUCUUACCUUAAGGAAGCUUCUCCUAGAGUUUACCUGAAAUAUUUCAUUGUAGCCUCCACCCAUGGUUCUUGCCAUCUGUUGCAACAGAAAACGAAGUGUGUGUUCUUCAUGGGAGCCUUUCGGAUAAUUGAGGAUGUCUGGGAAAGAUGUCUUUAACUGAACAAGCAUGGGAGGAUUUAACUUGGCCCUUGGGCUCUCUCCCAUGCAGUCAAGUUGGGCAGUUCUCUCUUAACUCCCUUCUUCCCAGUGUGAGCAGCGAGAGAGGCUCCUCCAGAAGGUUCCUCUCAUAAUCUGCUUCACAGGCAAACCAGAUUGCAGCUGAGGUGCAUAAGGAGAGAGAACUUUUGACACAGGAGAAAGUAGUAGAACCCUAGAACCCGUGGACAUGCAAUGAAGCUGAAUGGUGAAGGAUUCAGGACAGAGCAGGUGCUUCACAUAGCACAUCAUUAAACUAAGAAAACCAAUUGGAUGGUUUCAGAAGAGGAUUAGGCAAAUUUGUGGAGGUUAAAGGCUAUCAGUGGCUAUUGACCACUCCCUCUGUAGUUGUACGCUCCGAUCCAACAGGCUCUUAGUUGGCCAAAGAAGGCUUGUGCUGAGCUCCUGGCUGCCUUACUUCCCUUGAGUAGAAGCAGGCAUUAAUCUUGUAAAUGUCCCCCAGAAUUUAAAAGUCCUUCAUGCUCUGUGGGAAGAACCCAGAAUAUGUCUCCCUUCAUCAACGUUGGGUGACUAGAUUUCGCACAGGGUGAAAGCCCCUUGAACUUUGGUAGCGCUGUUGUUGAUUUUUCCGGGGCAGAGUUAAGGUCUGCUGUGUCCGCCUUCUCAGUUAUCCUUUCCUUCCGAGCAGCUGUCUUGGUAAGAGAGUCCCUUGGGGGGCAUGUGUGUGUGUGUGUAAGGGUGGUUUGGCCAGUCCGUGUCCCUCCAGUCAACCAUUACCCUGGCGCUGAAAAAUGUGUGGAAUGUUUUGUCCAACCACUCACAGCUGUGGCCUAAAGGGAGGUGAUGGGGAGGGAGGGGUGUCCUCAGAAAUGGAAAAUGGAGUUCUGUUUUCCCCAGACCAUGAGAUGGAUUCCUGUGGCAGCUUAAGGGGCCUCCCUCCCCAUUCAUCACAGGGGAUGGACAGAUGGGGCUGUAUAGUAACCCUUUCCCUGCUGGAUUUGAUUUCUAUAGAACUGAAGGGCCUCCCUGAGGGAUGUGGGCUGUGUGUGUGUGUAACACACACACACAGACAGGAAUUUGCACAUAAUUUUCAUAGUUUUUGUCUCCCGGCUCCUCAAUGAACUCUGCUCUCUUCUCCAACAUAGCAAGCUUAGGCAAGGGGGGCAACUCCUCCUGUUUGAUGGAUAAAGUGAGGAUAUAAAUAAAAUUUUAUUAUUAUUAUCAAUAAUUAGGGGUGCAGGCAAGAUGGGUCAUGAUGCCAUCACCUGUCAUGAUCACAAACUAACAUCCCAGUGGUUCUGUAGGGCUCCAACUCCAGAAUCAGGCUUCUGUUCCCAGAUUAGAGGAAACCUUGUUCAGGAUAGACAGCUGAGUCUAUCCAAUUCCUUCCUGCAUCGCCCUAUAGCUUCUGCUCUUAUCUGGACCAGGGGGAAGGCACCAGGCAGUGCGGGAUAUUAAUUUAUCACCGCCAAACUUCCUCCUGUCCCUGUCAGGUUCCAAACCUUAUCGCAGGAUAAAGUAACCCCAAGUGCAUAUAUAUCUGUUGCAUUUAUGUACUACCCAGACAACCUAGUUCUGUGGGCGUUUUAUAUUAAGAAAACACAGCAGCGAGCUGAGAUGCAGGCAAGUAGCACUGUGUAGUUUUCAUGAACAGCAGUGGGGGCUCCGCUUUUGUAUCUCGGCUGCCUAGUCUUGAAUGUCUGAGUAGCUGACGGAAACCUGUGUUGCUGCUUGCACUAAGGAGAGGUUCAGAGCCUUUGGCUUGUCUUAAUGUUUGGCCUUUGCUCCUUAUCUUAAUUCACAAGAUACCUUUGUUUUUCUCUCUCUCCUGGUCUUAACCUGCACCCCCACCAGUGGAAACAGUCUUUUAUUUCAUUCACUCUGGCCUAUGGGCAUGUCUGUUUUCCUUCCUUUCGUCUAAUUGGGCUCCCUCAACUAAAUCUUCUCUCCUGUUUGGGACUUCCAGCUUCCAGAAGGAGCUCUAAUCCCCGCCCCCCCCCCGCUGGGGAAUUGAUCCACAAAGGCCGGAUACAAGCAGCUUAACCUCAGUCCUUUGCCAUCUGUCCAGUCCAUGCAGUUGAAAGCUUAUUGGCAUGUGUGAGAGACCUUGCUCAUGUUCGAAGCAGCUGGCCUGAAGACCCUGAGGCUGGGGGAAGGGGGCGGAAGAGGCAUCUGAAGGGGGGGUGUUGUCUGUCCCGGCUAGGUUAAUGGGGAUGGAGGUGUCUGGUGUGUAGUCAUGUUGGCAGGUGCAACACCCAUAAGUGUGUGUCUCGGACACAUGCACCUUGUUAGAACCUCAGCCGCAGCAGGUGGCUUGCACUCUUGACGGGGUUAUAUUUAAUGUCUGCAUGCCAAGGAUCUUAAGAUUUAAAUCGGGAGCUAGGCUGGUGGCUCAACAGGCCCGCAAAGUAUUUCCUGAUUGCCAGCUUGGCUGUGGGGAUGGGUGAGGAGGCAGGUAUGCAGAAAUUGUGUUUUGGAGCAGCGUGUUACAAAAACUUGCCAUGGUCUGUGGCAACACAAAAUCGGGGGGCUAAGGAAAACUUGUCUCUUGUUCUUCUCCUGUAGAACACUUCCCCAUCCCAAUCAAGGCUUUCGGCCAUUUUGGAAAUUUCCAAUAAUAAUAAAUAAGUAAAUAAAAAUGAUAUUUAUACCUACAUACCCCACCCAUCUGGCUGGGUUUCCCCAGUCACUCUGGGGAAUUUAAAAGCACAAUAAAAGGUCAAACAUUAAAAACUUCCCUAAACAGGGCUGCCUUCGGAUGUCUUCUAAAAGUCAGAUACAGUGAUACCUCGGGUUAAGAACUUAAUUCGUUCUGGAGGUCUGUUCUUAACCUGAAACUGUUCUUAACCUGAAGCGCCACUUUAGCUAAUGGGGCCUCCUGCUGCCGCUGCAUGAUUUCUGUUCUCAUCCUGAAGCAAAGUUAUUAAUCCGAGGUAAUAUUUCUGGGUUAGCGGAGUCUGUAACCUGAAGCGUAUGUAACCCGAGGUACCACCAUACUUGUUUAUUUCCUUGACGACUGAUGGGAGGGCGUUCCACUACCGAGAAGGUCCUCUGCCUGGUUUCCUGUAACCUCACUCCCCUUUUCUGAUAUUAAUACAAUACUGAUCCAUUUCCCUCCUGCUCUUUACUGAGUCUCUCUUACCCUCCUGUUAGAGGACCCAAAUGCAUUGUCUGCUAGAUAUAUAAUUCUCUUAAUUUUAUUACUGCAAUUGCUUGCUACAAAUUCUAAGGAGCGGGAGAGAAACUAUCCAAAGUGUUCAAGUUUAUUUUUUUCAAAUGCAAUCAAUCAAAACUCUUUCAAGACCAGGAAGUCGGGUGGAGGGGAGCGAGACUAAUGGCAGGGGUUUUCAAGCUGUGCUUUGAGGAAAAGUUUUGUGUGUGGUUUGUCCCAAAGUACAGAGUAAUGGUUGGAUCAAGCUUCCCUAAAAAGAUGAGUUGUCCACCCACACCAAGCUUUCUCUGCAAUUUGAAACCGCAGGGGUGCGUUGGGUAUGUCGUGGCUUUCGAAAUGCCUGUAAAUCACAUGGAAAUUGCAAGGCAAGAUGUCACGUGAGGUAAUUUACCGUAAUAAUAUUUUUUAACAAUCACCCUGCCCAACACUAGCAUAACUUGCACUGCAUGGCAGGCCACAAAUGUGGUUCUAGGGCUGGCUGCUGAGAAGAGACAUUUUGGAGGGGCGGGGAAUGAAGUAGAUUAGUCCAGCAUCAUGUUUAUCCACUUAAAAUACUUCAAUACUGUUUUUGGGGUGGGGUGGAGGCUCUGAAGUUGGUGUGCAGUUACAAUACAGUAUGACAAGAAAAUUGAUAAAUAAAGUGAAAAUAAGCAACAAACAUUCAGCCAAAAAUACAAGAAAAACUAUCAGUUGGACCACAGCUCAAGAAAAAGCAGACAUAAAGGCUUUUGGGGCCUGUCAGAUCACAGCUGGUAGUGUUGGGGAAAUGUAGGGCCACUGCAGAAAAGGCCCCCCAUCCCUUGUUAAAUAUGACCCCUGAUCAGAAUUGUCUCUGUUACUGAGGGUGGGCGAUGGCUCAAGUGCAGGGCAAGAUGGAGCAGCCUCCACUGUUGGAAACCGCUUGUUCUGGAGACAACAAUGCAAUUUAAUGGGCUGGACCAGUACUGUGAAGACACACUGCCCUCUUCAGUGUGAAACUAUCAGCCUGAUGGAUUUCACAAGGCAAGAGUUUGUAAUUGUGGUUUGGAACGUUAUUCGAUCCCUGGGUUGGACUACAAUUCCCAUCACUCCUUAACCACUGACUUAAGUGGGGCUGAUGGGAGUUGUAGUCCAAUGACAUCUGGGGCCCCACUGUUGAAGGAAGUUGGCUUUAAAACAAAAUGGCGUCCCUCUGAUUCCUAGCAAUGGAGCAAGGCCUUCUGGGAGUGAGAACACAACUUCACUUAGGAGUGAACCGUAACUGAAUAAAAUAGAGAGAAGGAUAUAUUGGGAGUGCUGCUUUCAGGGUAUGUGUGUGAGACAGAGGCUCUGAUUAUGAAGUUUGCGCCCCCUUAGUUUCUCUUGAGAAGGGUGUUUACUUUUUCUAGAUCGGGGGAAGCCAAUGGACACUACUGAGCUGCAGCUAAAAGCCAUUCCCCAUCCAUGGCUCGUCUUUCAGGAGAACAAGGCAGUGCUUGUGUUGGCUGCUGCAGCUGCUGAGUCAGCCCAUCUGCCUCCGAGGGAGAUAUGAACAGUCUCUCCUUUAAGAUGACUGGAUGGGGGAGAGGAGCGGAGAUGUUCCUUUUAAGGUAGUGUGGAAGGAGUCUAGCAUUUUCUCUCUCUCUCGCUCUCCCACUCGUAUUUAUGCUUUCCCCAAAUCUGUAUUCCAGGUCUUGAUUUCAGCUGACAUAGGGCCACGGAACUAGAUUUCAGUGUUCAGGUUCAACCUGGAACAGCCAAAAGUGGUCAUGAGUAGCUCUUGAGCAUGUGCAAAGUCCACUUCUCUUGCCACUGAGCAGCCGCUGUGCAGUAGAGCACUGCUGCUAGAUGAAGAGUGCUGCGUUCCUGUCAAUUAGGACUAGCAACCACGGAAGGCCAGUCACGCUGCACACGGUAGUCUUCCAUGAUAUUGGUGCAGGAACUAAAAAGGCCCUGCCUCUUGCGAUUGUCAUUGUCCUCAACUGUGUCUCCAAUCUUAAGUGGAAGGUCCUCUCCUUCUGAUCUUGGAGAGUGGGCUGGGUAGCAUGGGAGGAGAUCCCACUGGUAUCCUGGGCCUAAGCCAUUUAGAUAAAUCACCUCUUUGAAUUGUGUCGGGGAGCGAAAUGGCGACCAGUGACAAAAUGGCAGGAUGGUCCUGCUAAACAUUCUAGCUGGUGCAUUCUGGAUUCUUUCUGCUUCUGAAGGGUAGAGCACAUUGCAUUAACCCAGUCUAGAUGUGGCUUCAGGGAUGUGUUGCCUUAGCCAGAACUGAUUUCCUGAUGUGUUGUGGUCACAUCGUGCUGCUUCCAUGAUUGGGCUGUAUCCACGGCCAUUAAUUUGAAUCUUCCUUUUCUUAUUCCCUGCAGUUUUGGGAGGUGAUUAGUGAUGAACAUGGGAUCGACCCCACUGGAACCUACCAUGGCGAUAGUGACCUACAGCUUGACCGCAUCAGUGUUUACUACAAUGAAGCCACAGGUGAGUAUUCAUCUCUUUCCCCACCCCCAAGGUGUUCUGGAACAUUUUGAUUCACAAAGUUACAUUUGAAAAUAGCGUGCAUAACCUGCCUUUUUUCUGGCUCCCUUGCCAUUUCUUCUCAUUAUUGUGCCUUUUGUCCUAGGUAUAAGUAGGAAAAGGGAAUACAGUGGUACCUCGGGUUACAUACGCUUCAGGUUACAUAUGCUACACACUUCACUAACUUAGAAAUAGUGCUUCAGGUUAAGAACUUUGCUUCAGGAUAAGAACAGAAAUCAGGCUCUGGUGGUGUGGCAGCAAUAGGAGGCCCCAUUAGCUAAAGUGGUGCUUCAGGUUAAGAACAGCUUCAGGUUAAGAACGGACCUCUGGAAUGAAUUAAGUACUUAACCCGAGGUACCACUGUAUGGAAAGUUUCCCAAGUGUGAAGGCAUGUAUACUGGAUCUGUGCAUUUCAGGGCCAUACUGCCAGAGCUUGCUUCAUGCCACCUUUUCAGUCUUUAGAGAAUUUCAUCUUUCAUUGUGUUAGCUUUAAAAAAUUAUAUAUUGGUACCUCGAGUUACAAACGCUUCAGGUUACAAACUCUGCUAACCUGGAAGAGUUACCUCUAGUUGAGAACUUUGCCCCAGGGUGAGAACGAAAAUUGUGUGCUGGCAGCAAGAGGCCCCAUUAGAGAAAGCAUCCCUCUAGUUAAGAACAGUCUCUGGAACGAAUUAAGUGUGUAACUAGAGGUACCACAGUAAUUUAAAUGCAAGCUCCUAGCUCUUAGCUGCUGAGGGCGGGGAAGGCAAGCCUCAAAAUGGAACUUGGAAAGGUGUUGCUGGACCAGAAUAACCCAACCAGCAGAAUUUUCGGGACCACGAGGGAGGCUUCCACCAGAAUGAGAGGGGAAAUGACUCAAAAGCUCCCUAUGCUUUCCACGUGGGGAUAUGGGAGGCUAUCCCCACGUGCAGGCAGUAAAAUAAUAGAUGAAGCAUCCUUGAGCUCAAAUGAGCCUUCAAGCUGUGUCAUCAGUCCCAGCUCACAUUUGUUCACUGUCCAAAGUGUCUCUUUCAAACAGCUGGAAUGUGCUUGUAUUCUAAUGUACUUUCCUUCUCAAAGCUCCUUGGUGACUUACUAUUCCAUUCUACUGAGAAACCUGAACGUCAUUAAAAAGCUUGCAUUUAACUUGAAUGGAUAGGAAGCUAGCAACAUGGUUUCUGUUAUGGAAGGGGACCAUGGAUGGGGAACCGCAGUCCUCUUUCUCAGGUAUCCUUUGCCCUUCUUUCUCCCAGGUGGCAAAUACGUCCCUCGUGCCAUCUUGGUUGACCUGGAACCAGGAACUAUGGACUCCGUGAGGUCUGGACCUUUCGGUCAGAUUUUCAGACCAGACAACUUCGUGUUUGGUAAGAUGCAAUCCCAAUCUUUGCUGUUUCUAUCUGUAGUUGGGAGGGGGGGGUAGGACUGCAAACAAAUGCCUCCCAUAAACUAGUUGGGUUGGCCUUUUUUAUCGUGGAAAGGAGGAGAGAAUAGGUUGCUCCCGUGGAGAAGGUGUGGGUGUGCACUUUCGGUCAGUUUCAGGGAGAGUGGAAACGCCUCAAUUCCUCUUCUGCUUCUGUUACUUUCCCCCCCAGUUGUGCAUAAGAGACACCAGGCUUUGAGAGUAACAGGGAGUGAUGCCCAGGAGCCAUUUCUCACCACAUGUUCUCUCCCCCUGUAAUCACCCUGGCAAAGAAAGCGCUGCUGCGUGCACAAUUUUUGUAGGCAAUUGAGCAUCUGUGAGCUGCCCAAAAGCACGGUGCCCAAACCAGCAUUUUAAAUGACUCUAAAAGACUUCCCAAUGGCUUGAGCAGCGCAUGUAGGGCAGGGCUGGGGGAACUUGCGAUCCUCCAAAAGUUGUUGAACUCCCAACUCUCCAUCAGCCUCGAUAAGCGUGGGCAGCGGUCAGAGAUGGUGGGAUUUGCAUUCCAGCAAAAUCUGGAGGGCAUCAAGAUCCCCCCCCCACUACUGUAGAGGAGUAAGGCCCCCCCCAAGGUAGCACAUAAACAACAACAACAACAAUAAACAACAACAACAACAAUAAUUACAUUGUUCCUUGUGGAUAUAGCCCCUUUGAGCUGCAUCUCAGAUCACUUCCUAGCAUUGGGUGGAUUGGUUUGUCCUUCCAACUUUUGCAAAGUCCCAACAGUCCAUAAUUACCGUCUUUCCUCCGUUUCGGGCCAUAUUCAUGUCGCAAACUUCUUGGCCUUAUCCAAGCAGAAGAUGCAUAUGAGCUGCACUGGGUUGGUUUUCUUAAAACAGGUUGCGCAAGAGAGUUGUUCCUUACUACUGGGGGUCUAAAGGAUCUACAGUUGUACCUUGGAAGUUGCACGGAAUCCGUUCCGGAAGUCCGUUUGACUUCCAAAACAUUCGGAAACCAAAGCGUGGCUUCUGAUUGGCUGCAGGAAGCUUCGGACGUUCUGCUUCCAAAAAUAGUUUGCAAACUGGAACAGCCACUUUCGGGUUUGCAGUGUUUGGGAGCUAAAACGUUUGAGAGCUGAUGAUGGAUUUUUCGGAGCUAGCCGACCUAACUGGAAGAGUCCGCGACCAGAAGGAGGAGUAGUAUCGGGAAGAGUGAAAUAAAUUUAAUGAUUAUCUAGUUAAAUUUGUUAAGUUAAAUUAAUUGAAAGUAGCUUGCAGAUACUUAACUGGCUGAGGAUUUUAUUUAUGUUAAGUGACGAAUUAAUAUCUUUAAUUCCUUAAGGUGAAGAUUUAAGGAUGUUAAUGUUUAAGUUAAAUUUCAUAAGAAUUGGGAUUUGGAAAACCAUUGCAAUGAAAUUCAACCAAGGGGAAGCGAGGAAGUCACUUCACAAAGUUAAUAAGUGUAAUUUUCAAUAAGGCUAUGAUUUUUGUUUGUUUGUCUUGUGUGUGUGUUUGUUUAUAAUAUUGUGAAAGCCAAUAAAAUUUUUGGAGAAAAAGCAACAACAUUCAAGAACUAAGCUGUUCGAAAACCAAGGUACGGGUGUAUCUAGUUUAAAGUUCAGGGAGACACAAUGAAUGUGAAUAAUGUGGGCUGGGAAGCUAACAGAAGAGCAGCCAUGGGUGGUGGUGGGUGUGAGAAUGAGCCAGCUUGGCCCAAGCUUCAUGGUUUCUCCCCCCCUUCUCCUGCCUCCUCCAGGCCAGAGUGGAGCUGGGAACAACUGGGCCAAAGGCCACUACACAGAAGGUGCCGAGCUGGUGGAUUCCGUCCUGGACGUGGUCCGGAAGGAAGCAGAGAGUUGCGACUGCCUUCAGGGUUUCCAGCUGACCCACUCCUUGGGCGGCGGCACCGGUUCCGGGAUGGGCACGCUCCUGAUCAGCAAGAUCCGCGAGGAGUACCCCGACCGCAUCAUGAACACCUUCAGCGUGGUGCCCUCUCCCAAGGUGUCCGACACCGUGGUGGAGCCGUAUAACGCCACCCUCUCCGUGCACCAGCUCGUGGAGAACACGGAUGAGACCUACUGCAUUGACAACGAGGCUCUGUACGACAUCUGCUUCCGCACCCUCAAGCUCACCACGCCCACCUACGGCGACCUCAACCACCUGGUCUCGGCCACCAUGAGCGGCGUCACCACCUGCCUCCGCUUCCCCGGGCAGCUGAACGCCGACCUCCGCAAGCUGGCGGUCAACAUGGUGCCAUUCCCUCGCCUUCACUUCUUCAUGCCCGGUUUUGCCCCCCUGACCAGCCGUGGCAGCCAGCAGUACCGCGCCCUGACGGUGCCCGAGCUGACGCAGCAGGUCUUCGAUGCCAAGAACAUGAUGGCGGCCUGCGACCCCCGCCACGGGCGCUACCUAACUGUCGCAGCCGUCUUCCGGGGCCGCAUGUCCAUGAAGGAGGUGGACGAGCAGAUGCUGAACGUCCAGAACAAGAACAGCAGCUACUUCGUGGAGUGGAUCCCCAACAACGUCAAGACGGCCGUCUGCGACAUCCCUCCCCGAGGCCUCAAGAUGGCCGUCACCUUCAUCGGCAACAGCACGGCCAUCCAGGAGCUCUUCAAGCGCAUCUCUGAGCAGUUCACGGCCAUGUUCCGGCGCAAGGCCUUCCUCCACUGGUACACGGGCGAGGGCAUGGAUGAGAUGGAGUUCACGGAGGCCGAGAGCAACAUGAACGACCUGGUGUCUGAGUACCAGCAGUACCAAGACGCCACGGCGGAGGAAGAGGAGGAUUUCGGCGAAGAGGCCGAGGAGGAAGCUUGAGGCACGAGUCUGCUGGCAGUUCGGAAAAACAAAACAGAAAAGUCAAUAAAUCCGCACAAAAAUAAAAAUUGAAAACAAAAACCCUGCAUCUCCACGUUCUGUUUCUUUUUCCUUCUUCUCAAGCCUGUCAAUCCCUUCCUGCGUCUCUUAAUGGGCCAGUCUCUCCAUUUUAACCCUCUCUGCAUUUCUUCUCAGUGGUGGGAACAGCCUGUGGCUGAUUUAACAAUGAAACGGCUGCUCAGAGAGUCUCUUGAGAGCGGCUGAAAAAGACAGAAGAGGUUCUGUCUAUCCAUGAUUAUAUUUGGUCACUAGUGAUGUUUGGUUUCCAGGAUAAGCAGAUGCUUCCCUUUCCAUGAUCUACCAUAGUUAAUCAAGUGAGCUGUUAAGCAACAAGGCCAAGAGCCUUUUAAUUCCAAAAGGGUGUGAGGAUGUUGGAUCAGUUCUGACACGGGGACCCAUUCCAGAUAAAAGUAGAAAGGUAGCUGACUUUAAAAUGGAAACAUGUUCCUGAAAGGCAAGGUUCUUUCUUUCUGUCCAAUCUGGCUUGAGUAGAAAAUCAUAAUUUGACUUCUGCUAAUCUGAGCCACAGGCCAGUGGUUUCAAAGUGCAUUUGCUAAUAGGAAGUUGGGGUUUAGUUUUGGGGUAGCCUGCACAAUGGGUGUUUAAAUGGUAAGAAGUCUGGUGGAUUCCUACCCCAGUAGGGGUCUCUAAAGAUUGCUUGGUCUGUAUGUUUGUUUCUGAAAAAUCUGCCACUGGAUCAUCUUGCCCCGGAACACAUUAAAGCAACCAACAUUAAUGUAGAAGGCAUUUGUUGACCAAGAGAACAAAAUGCAAGUUCUCUUUGCAGGAACCACCGGGUUAUAUGUCUACCUACAUGGUAUGCCUGCAAUAUAAAAACACUUGGUAUGCCAGGCACCUGCCUCUUCAUUUAAUGCUCAUUGUCUGAAAGGUAGCUACAAAUCCGAAGUACCCAUGGCUUAGUUUGCUUUUGCUCACAGUUGUAAAAGUUGGCGGUAAGGCUAAAGGUCAAUGAGGAGUGAUGGAGGUUAGCACUUAAAAGGGCAGCAAAGACCUGCACACACAGAGCAGAUGGGAGAAAGGUUUGUCUGAAAAGGGACUGGGAGAUUCCAUGUUUGAAUAUUUUGGGUGGUUGGGGAAAGAGGAACCGCAUUAGGAAAGAGGAACUGAAUUAGGUUUUGUUUUCAGUGAGCUCUUUAUCCAUGAGAAUACUCAAAUGUCUGAUUUUUUUUUUUUUAAGCCUCUUUUUUGCUGUUGAUGUAGAUCAGUCUUCUGUUGUAGUAUCCAACCUGUAGGAAGUAGCUAAGGAAGGCAUGUUGUUCCAAGGGAUCGCUGAGCCAGUGGAAAGGGACAUCUAGUUCUGAAUCUGCCUAAACAGGGUUAUACAUCUGAAAGGUCACACUGCCACCAUGAAGCCUGGCUUUUUCAAUCUCCUGCUUGUUGCCUCAGCAUCUUUUUCCCUUUCGCUUCUCACUCAUUUCUUCCCUGCCUCAUUUUACUCUUUUUUAAAGGAAAAAAAAAUCCCUGCUUUUUCAUAUUGAAAAGUUGUCUUGUAAACAAAUAAAAGGGUUUCUUAUGUUUUC